AUGCUAAAUGAAAGAUUACCAAUGACAACAUACUUCAUUCGAAACUAUAUAGAAAUCUUGAAGGAGUGUGGUGGAAUGAACAUUGAGAAACAGAUGAAGAUUUAUACAAAGAGAGAAGAUAAAUAUGUAGUUCGUUAUGAUAGAACAACACCGCUAUGGGAUGUUAUGAAAACAUUGUGGGAGUGCAAAUAUUUCGAACCUAUUUCUUAUGGAGAACUUUUCACAUAUACUACUGACUUAUAUAAACAGAACCUUGCACCAUUUAAAGAUUUGACAUAUGCUCCAAAGUAUUGUGUACAACUGAAGAAGAAAGCAGAGUCAAAAGAAGUAAAUAAAGCUAAAUGUAAAUUCAUUCCUGAGCACGUUUUCUUUGCUGACUUUGAGUGUAGCACAGACGGCUUUCAUAAAGCUUUUAACAUCUGUUAUGACAGUGAAGAUGGUUCAGUGAGUGAAAGCAUUUGGGGUCAAAACUGUGCAACAGAAUUUUUGGAAAGACUUCCUGACAAGAGUUUAAUAUAUUUCCACAACCUCAGUUAUGACAUAAACUUCAUCUUAAGACACAUGACAGAAGUGAAAGGAACUCCCAUCAUUAAAGGUUCACGAACAAUGCAAAUAACUGGUUUAUAUAAAGGACGGGCAAUUAUUAUAAAAGACUCUUACAGUGUUAUAAAUAAGAAGCUUAAACUAUUUCCUGCUAUGUUUAACUUACAAACAGGACCGAAAGAAGUAUUUCCAUAUAACUACUACAGCAGUGUUUUGUUAGCAAAUGACAACAGAACUGGUGUCAUUUCUGAAGCAUGUAAGUUUAUCCAUGAUGCAGAUACAUUCAUGAAAAACAUAGAUUCCAUCAAAGGUUGCAGAAUAGAUGAAAACCACUUCGACUUAGAAAAAUAUAGCACGUUUUACUGCAAACAAGAUGUAAGAAUUUUAAGAGAAGGUUUUGUAAAGUUCCGCAAUGACUUAUUGAAAGAGUUUGAUUUAAACGUUUAUGACUACGUUAGUAUUUGUUCUAUUGCUAACAAAUUGUUUGAGAACAGAGUAUACUUCCCGAAUGGAAAUCUUUAUGACCUCUCAAAUAAACCAAGAGAAUUUAUUUCGAGAUGCAUUCAAGGUGGAAGAUGUAUGUUGUCAGAUAACAUGAAACAAAAGAGCAAAAAGAAACUCAUUGCUGACUUCGACACUGUUUCAUUAUAUCCUUCAGCUAUAGCAAGACUUUAUACUUUAGAAGGUAUUCCAAAAGUAUUGAAGGAAGAAAUGUUAAGCACAGAGUAUCUCAUGAGACAUUUAUUCGAUGAUGACCAAAAGGAACCCAUUGGUGAAAAGUUUAUGUCUGGCUUCUUUGUUCUCAUUAAGAUAACAGAGAUUGGUAUACCCAGACACUUUCAUUUAAUAGUUUGCGACCCUGAACUAAAUCCAGAACUUAACGUUCCAAGAAGUUCAAACACUUGCUGUCUCAUGUAUGUUGACCAUAUAACAUUACAAGACCUCAUAAAAUAUCAAUGUGUCAAAUGUGAAGUGUUGCAAGGAUACUAUUACGAUGGAA